UCACCGUAAGUUAGUUACCGAGACUCAAGACCAAACAGAUAGGUGCUAGCUGGCGUUUUAAAUACCGCAAGAUUUCAAAUCGCGAGAUCCCAUCAUUAAAAAAAAUCUUAUCAAAAAAAAAUUAAUCAAAAUCAGCGAUAAGAUUACGAAAUAAUUGAAUCAGUUUGAAGUUUUCAGUGUGUUUUCCGUGUUUGUGAUUCUUCUUAAAAUAAUCGUUCCCUUCUAGUGGUGAUUUAAAAAUGUGUUGAAAGAACGUGUGUUGAGGAAGAAAUAUCUGUGUUACCUUCUUUCUUCUUCUUCUUGUUACUUCUUUGGAUGGCGUCGUCUUCGAAAAACCGUUCUUUGACCGAGUGAAUGACUCUUAGGUUGUUGGUGUUGUUGUGUGUGUGUUGUUGGUGAUGAGAUGGAAGAUUUAGCGUUGAGCGAAUGGCCAGGACAACCUGUGGAUUUAAACGGAAGUAAUCCGUGGUUGCCCGCUUAUGGAUUUCAACAACCCAUGACACUUUUAGACAAAGAAGAUUUCUUAGGACAUCCAGAUGCAGACUUAUUCUUACAAGGAAACGCGAGUCAACAUUAUGCUUAUCUCGAAACGAUUCAAGAAGAAACUUCAGAUGACUUACGAUCGGAUAGCGAUCUUUCAGAAUCCAGAGAUUCCCCGGUUGGUUGGCUCGCAACCGAUUCCGAAUCUGGAUCCGUAAUCAGAAUCCAUACUUUAGGUCAAAUUGAAUCCAGUUCGGAGCGAGAAUUAGCAUGUCCAUCAAAACGGCGUCGUCAAGAUUUAUCAUCAACAUUAAGCGAUGAUGAUUCAAUACAUGAAUCAUUAAGUAGAUCGAGCAGUUUAAUACAAUUCGAGAGUUUAGAAAAACAAUGUCAAGAUAUCUCAAGUAGUUCACCCAGUAUUUUUAAUAAUUUUUUUGAAUCCGAACGACAAAUAAGAAAAUCAAAUCCAGAGCUAACAAAAAAUGAGCAUAAUCAAGAACAACCAGAAUCUGAUUAUUUUAAGACUAUCUUAAAGAUCGAUGGAAAUAAAAAUAAAGCAAGUAGAGAUUCGUUAUUUUAUAAUGGAAGCGUUGAAGAUUCGAAUUCAGGCAGUGACUCAACAGAAAGUGAAGAAACUUUUUCGAAAAGCAUGAAAACAUGGAGAAGCUUCGAUGGUUUAAAAAAUAAAAUAUCGUUUGAGAAUUUAAGUGAAGAUAGUGGUUAUAGUGAUCAUAUUUUCCAAAAUAAUAACAAAAAUAAAUCCAAUAGUAAUCCGAACAUUAAUAAAAACAUUAAAAAAUUUAAAGCUUACGAUUUUGAAAUGUUUCAAAACCGCUUUUCCGGUAACUUCGGAGUUAGCUAUCAAGAUUUAACAAUUUUAGAUAAAUAUGAAAAGGUUAACAAACAUUCCAUAAGAGUCGGAGACCAUUUUAAAACUCAACCUGCGGCGGCGGCUUUAAAUUUAGAACAGGAAUUUAUUCGUCCACAAUCUAAAUAUACAAGCGAACCAAACCUUUUCACACUCAGUAUACCCACAAGUUCCUCAGCAUUAACUUCAAGUGUACCUAAAGAUUUAAAUUUAACAGAAAAACAAUUUUGGGAAAACCAACAAUCGAUUGCAACAAAGAAUUUCGAUUUAAUCAAUCUUAACAUCAAAAAAACGAUGGAAACGAAAAAGAAAUUUAAGAAAAAAGAUAAAAAUAAUGACUUACAUUAUAAAAGGGAAGGUUCUUAUUUAGAAGCGAUGAAAAAUACGAUUGAUUUUAGUGAUAACGAAGAGAAUCAACAACAAAAUUAUAAGUACAUCAAAGAAUUUGAUAAAAAAAUUUUAAAAGCUAUAUCAGAACAAAGUUUUAACGAGAUAAUAUUAAUUUCAUCACUAACAAACGAAAAUAACCAAAAAAGAAACGUUAAAAGCACUCCCAACCUCACCGUCGAUUUCAAAAAUGAUUACGAUGAUGAAAAAUUAAAAAGGAAUUCAUUCGGUGGUGAACAACCGAGAAAAAGUUCUUUAGCUAAUAAAAGCACAACAAGUACAAGCUCUGAUAACGAUGAAUCAAAAAACUUAAGCUUUACAAGAUCAUUCAGUGGUUCGACAUCAUCAAAAGGUGUCCAUUUUUGUCCGAUUGUAUCCGAAGUUAAUUGGAGGGACGAUAGUUUAUCAACGGAAAGAGAAGAUUCGAGUAGUUUAUCUUCAAACGUAACGUUUAAAGAUGAUAAAAUUAAUCGUGAUGAUGAUGUGACUCCGAUUAAUGAAAUUGUCGAUGAUAACGAAAUAAAAUUAAUUAAGCCGGAACCUAUUCGACCAAAUUUUAAUCGCUUUUAUUCAAGUUCGAGUCAACCGGAAUUAUUAUCGGAUAUGGUUCAAGUUGGAAAUGCUGAAACAAUUAAUUUAAGAGAUAAGGAAUAUACUUUUGUCCCCUUAAGACCUAGGCACUCGAUUAGUCAACCAAACGUAUCAAGAAGAAAUAGCAAGAAUUGUCAUGCUGGUGCGGAAAUUGAAAGAACAUAUACGGACGGUGAUGGUGUUCAAUAUAAACAUACCGUACUCUCAACUCACUCAACCCACUCAACAUCACCGAGUGUUUACAACAAUAACACCGCCGCUCCCACCACUAAAAGUACCACCAGUCACGUGGCGAUUUCAAACGGCAAAGAAGUGGAAGAACCAACAGCGACCAGUGCAAUGGAACCCAUCGUCGCGCAUAGAAGUUCAAAGAAAGCCACCAAAUUGGGCGGUUUCUUCUCGCGUCUCGCAAGUUUUCGUUUUUCAUCACGAAAUAAAAAUGAAAAACAACACAAAAAAAAAAUUCCAAUCAAAACGAACCCAGAAGAAAGCGAAAAUCAAAAUUUAUUUGCAACAAAACCAGAUUACAUUUAUAUCCCAUUAAAAGAUCCUAUUGAGAAUGAUCAAAAACCUGAAGAAAUUGUAGUUGAUGAGAAGAAAUUGAUAUCAAAACCGCCGCUUCCGAAAUGUGGACCAAGGGUUGUAGGAGCAUGCGUUAAAAGAAGGCCGGAUAUGGUGGUGGGUGCGCCUGCGACGAUGUUGACAGGGGGGCGGCACACCGAAAGGGACGAGGGUAUUGAUUCUUCGGGUGGUGGACCUAUGGAGCAGCCCAUGGGGUUGAUCGAGACGGACCUUGACACGGAGGUGACGGUUAUCACCAGUGGGGCUCAUGUGAAAACGCGAAGUCUAAUGAAUUUGGGGGCCGAGGCUCCAUCUUCCGGUCUCAAAGCCCCACAACACACAGGAAGACCACAUAAAUCCAUGGAAUUUUUACUGGAUAAACAGAAUCUUAAGGUUGUUGAGCCUCCUGAAAAUGAACUUCAAAAAGGUGAGCGUGUGAUGUCCGAACAUCAACUUCGAGUACAACGUUCGUUACAAAAAUUAACUGUACCUGAUUGGUAUAAACAAGCGGAGGUUCCUCGUGAAGGUUUUCUCCUGAAAAAAUCGCCUUGUAGAGAAACAAGAUGGACGGGAACUAACAGCAAAACAACUUCGUUAAGCAGUUUAGGUUCAAACACACAAUCCCCAGUCAUUUUGAGCCCAACACCACAAAAUCAACCAUUCGUACGAUGGUCAACAUCCAAAUUAAAUUCAACGGCUUCUUCACCAUGCGCUUCCACGAGAAGCAGUUUUAACGCUAGGGGGCAUCAACCAAACGGUUCAAUCAGCCCGAGUUCGAGUUUAAGAAAUAGUUUUAGUUACAGACAACCAUAUUUAGGUUGGAGAUCACAAGAGCGUUUAAAUAGACCAAGAACGCCAGCCGAAAGAUUAGCUAGUUCAAUUUUAAAUCACUCUCAAGGUCACAAUUUAAAUUUAAAUUUGAGUAAUGAAGGGGAAAGUCCCGAAAUACAAACUUCAAUUAAAGAGGUUACCUCGGCUAUCGUUCACUACGUAAGCGGCUUAAAACCGGACGAAGAAAAAGAAAUCAAUGAAAUUGGUAACGAUCAACAUCAAAGGAGUCGUUCCGUUAGUCCGAGGGGUAGUCAAAAAUUAUGUUGGUUGGAAAGUUCGUUCGUUGGAACGAGACCGUUGGAUUCACCUCGAACGCCAAUCACAUUAUCCGAAAGUCAAUCUUCAACUCCAAUCCCACCUUCUUCGUUAAGAUUGGAAUUACAUACGCAUAAUGAUUUCUCAGCCCUUCUUAAUCAAGAAACGACGGUUCGGCCAUCUCCGGGUUCAACAACGCUCGAAGACGUCUUAGAUUCGCUUUUAGGCCUUCCAUCGUCUACGAGAGCUCCAAGUCCCAGUCUCCAAGUAACGGCGUCAGCUAAUACCAGCCCAACACGUGAAGAAGGCGAAAGUCGCUUAUCAGAUCAUUUUAGAAGAUGCAGCGAAGGAAACGAACCGGUUUCAAGACCAUCAUCAGCAUCGCGCCGAGUAAGUUUCGAUUCAUCACCGGUUCUCCGCUGCAGAUAUUCGCGAUGCGGAAAAAUGGCCAUGGCAUCAACAGCCGAAGGCCAAGCUUUCAAGAAUUGUCACAAUUGUACCUACACGUAUUGUUCACGUUCUUGUCGGAGAGCGCAUUGGGAAAAGCACCGAAAAACAUGUUUAUUUUCACGAGUUGGAUCUCUUUGUCGCCAAGCGAUUGCUGCCGCCAAAGAAAAACCGGAAACUUUACGGCAUUUAUCAAUUAUUGCACGACGUGGAUUUUUAUCGCAAGGCUCAGGAGCUGUAAAGUGUUUUUUUCCAACCCCUGAGGUGGUUGAAAAGUUUUUAAAAGACGGCGGCUUAGAAAAUUUAGGUGAAUUAACUUACAUCUCUUGGAAAGAUCUUUUACCAUCAGAAAUGGGAACACAACUUUACACCGAAUUAGUAAGAAUGUGUAAAAAUUAUAAUCCCGAUUCGAAAUUAGUUCUUUACGUCUCCGUUUGCGUGAUAUCCGAAGCACCCGCAGCUGGAGCUGUAAAAUGGGAACGACAAUUAGUCUCAAGAUGCGCAAAAAUGCGAUUAAGCAAGGAAAUUCAGGUUAAUAUUCCGGAAAAAGACUCCGAAACCCUCCCGGAAACUUUAAUUUUAACAUCGCAACCCAUGAUUAACAAAAAUAUUUCAACUUCGCAAAGAAAUCGAGAGAUUAGCUUCGGAAACAUUCAAAAACAUUUGAGGCAACGAGGUGUUUCGUUAAGAAAACAUUAUCCAGAAGUAUUUCAACAAUUACAAACGUACGUUGAUGGCCAAUUGGAAAAAUUUAAAGCGGUUACAGUUUAUCCAAAAGAUUUAAUCACUGGGAAAACUUUUAUGUGCAUUAUUAUGCCGGAAUCGGACCCAGAAAAUGUUGAAAAAUUAGUUAAAGCAGGAGUCAGAGUUCGUACAGUGGACAUUCUUGAAGACUGAUAACUAAGAUAACUAAAAUAACUAAAAAAAACUAAAAAAUAAAAAAAAUAGAGAUAAUUAUUUAAAUAUUAAAUUAAAUGAAUAUAAAAGACGUUCUUUAAAAAAAGGAAUUGUCCCCUUCCUGUGAUCUAUUACUUAGCUUGUUGUUGAAUAUCCGCUAAAAAAAUAUUGCUCAUUUUAAUUAAAAUUAAUACACGAUUAUUAAAAAAGCAUUUUUAAUAAUCUUUUAAAACUUAGGUUAAGAUUUUUGAUGAUUUUUGACAGAAUCAUUUAGGCAAGCCAAUAUACAUAACAUAAUUGUUGAUAAAAUAUUUUUUAAUAAUCGUGAAUUUUUGCAGUUGACUCAAAAUAAGAUAAACACAUAAAAUAAAAUGAGAAAACGGUAAUAUUGGGGUAAAAAAAAUUUUUUAACACCAAUUCUUUGUGCGUUUUCGUCUCUUGUGUGGUUGUAAAAUUUCUAUAUUGUAAAAAAAAUUAGUUUGAUUGAUAAAAAGAAAUUUAAAGGAAUGA